AUGGCGACACCCAACUACAAGCAUCCCAACAUGAAGGAGCAGUGGGGGCUCUCCGCUGACCCCAACGACAACGACCACGUCGUUACCUCCAAGGGUCACAAACUGACUCGUACCGUCACUGCUGGUGGCCACGACGUCGAUUCUUCCCAGCCUGGUUUCCCCAUCUACCACCGAAGGAUCGCAAACCCAUUCCCGCUGGUGGCCAUCGCAACCGGAGCAUUUGCGAUCAUGCUCGGACUCGUCUGCAUCGGCUACCGCGGUAUCACGAACCCUCGCAUCGUCAUCACGCUCGGUCUUCCGCUCGGUAUGGUCGGAAACUUUGCCGCGUGCAUGUUCGCCUUCGCCUCCGGUUCGACCUUCAUCGCCACGCUCGCCGGCUCCCUUGCCGGUCUCAUCGGCGGUGCUUCGUUCCUCUUCCUCCCCUGGACCGGAAUCCAGGCCACCUACAUCGGCGGUGCUGCCAACCAGGCCGCUGGCGUCGAGGAGUUCUACAAGGCCGCCGGCAUGGUGUUCUUCAUCGCCCUGAUCCCCAUCUUCUUGGUGUUCCUGGCUAGUUUGAGGACGAGCGGACCGAGCGCUGGUGCUGCGCUGAUGAUUGUCGUGGCGCUGGGCUGCUUGGGUGGCGGCUACAUUGGUGGCGCUCCCAACGUGGCGGUGUUGAAGGCGAGCGUUUUUCCUUUCCAAUCAAGCUGGGGCGAGAUGGACAUCGAGGAGUUUCGUCGCGCGGGUUACCUCGCCGUGGAUCGGAUCUGCGACUACUACGCUUCCCUCUCCAACCUCCCCGUUUCGGCCCAAGUCUCCCCCGGGUUCCUCUCCCGCUCCAUCCCCGCCUCUCCACCCGACUCACCCGAACCAUGGUCUUCGAUAGAUUCCGACUACCACUCGGUCAUCAUGCCCGGUAUCACCCACUGGCAACACCCCAACUUUUACGGCUAUUUCCCGUGCAACGCGAGCUUCCCCGGUAUGAUCGCGGAUCUGUACUGCGCGAGCAUCAGCAACCCAGGGUUCAACUGGAGCGUAUCUCCGAGCGUUACCGAGUUGGAGAUUAGUAUGAUGGAUUGGGUGGGGAGGAUGUUAGGGUUGGGCGAGCAGUGGUUAAGUGAGGGAGGGGAGGAGAAGGCGGGGGGUGGGGUGAUCUUGGGCAGUGCGAGCGAGGUGGCCUUGACCGUGGCGAUUGCGGCGAGAGAGAGGUGUAUCGGGAUCCUUGCGGAAGAACAUCCCAUGCCGAAAGAUGUCAGCGAAGAGAAAAGGAGCAGUGAAGGACAAGAGGAGAGUUUGGAUGCAGAUCAGGAUGUCGCCUCGGAAGGAAAAAGUGCUGCUCAAGUAGGACAGGACUCGACGCUAUCUGCAAACACAACCGUGGCGCAAUGGAGAGCAAGCUUGACAUCCAAGCUCGUGAUCUACGGCACGACCCAGACGCACAGUAUCGCCGCCAAAGCAGCUCUCAUCCUCGGCCUUGACUUCCGCGCCCUCCCCGUCGCCGCACCGCACUACUCCCUCGACGCAGAAACCCUCUCCGCAGCGAUCGAAGAAGAUAAAUCCCACGGACGCAUCCCGUUCCUGCUCAUCGCCACCAUCGGUACCACCUCCUCUGGUGCCACGGACGACCUCAGCUCGCUCAUCACCGUCACCCGGUCCCACCCCACGCUCUGGCUGCACAUCGAUGCAGCCUACGCCGGAGUCUGCCUUUCGCUACCCGAGUUCCGCGGAUCCAUGCACCUGGAUGCGAUCAACGCUGCCACGGGCGUGGAUAGCUUCAGCACCAACCUCCACAAAUGGGGUCUAGUCCAAUUCGACUGUUCCCCGCUCUUCGUCCGCGAUCGCGGUGAUCUCUCUCGAGCGCUCACCAUCACCCCCACCUACCUCCGAACGAAACACGGCGACGCCGGAAACGUCCUCGACCUUCGAAACCUCCAGAUCUCGCUCGGAAGACGUUUUCGAAGUCUCAAAGUUUGGUUCGUCCUCCGAGCCUACGGCGUAAGCGGGUUUCAACACCACCUGAGAUCGACGAUGAAACUGGCAAAUCAUUUUGAAGCGUUGGUGAGGAAGGAAGGAGAGGAAGGGAUGUUUGAGAUCGUCGCACCUCCAAGGUGGGCAUUGGUGGUGUUCAGGAUUACGCCACCGGGAAGCAAGGAAAGAGGAGAGAGCGAGGAAUUGGACCGGUUGAACAGAAUGUUCUGGGACGACCUGCAGGAGUUGUCCGCCGAAUUCGUAUUGACGCAGACGAGUUUACCAGAGGUCGGCUUCUGCAUCAGGUUCGUGGUGGGAAGCCCACAGACGAGGACAGAGCACGUAGAGGCCACGUGGAGGAGGAUCAAGGAGACCGCCAGCAAGACUUGGUCCAGGUUCAACCAAAGCUCGCACUAG